AUGUCUGUGACUGAUAGUACCCCGAACUUUCGAGCUCGUGCGACUUCGCUUGGCCUUGCAGGUGAUGUGUUGGACCUCAUCGUGGACUCCGGCGUCAACGCUCUUGCAAAGUAUGCUUUCAGUAGUUCGUAUGUACCUGGCCAGCCCGACGAGUCCCCUUUUGUACGGGCCAUAAAGGACAUGCUAAAGCGCGAUGCCACAGUAGGAGAACUGGCAGUGAUGCGACGACUGUUACAUGAAGCGUACAGCAUGGCGUCUGCAGAGCUCCGUCAGUCCGUGGAGAGAUCCGAAGAUGCACCCACAAAGAAACUUGCGCAGCCCGAGAGGGCAGAUCGCUUGGCAAAGCAGCAAGCAAGGCUUGCAGGCCUAAAGAUCGAGGGCGCCCUCGAGCCCGCGGAUCGGCUCAUUGACUUGAUGGUGGCGCAAUAUGAAGAGAACCGCGUUUCACAUGUCGAAUUGUCAAGAUGCAUCAGCAAAGAGCAAGAAGUUCUUUCCGCGUCGAGCAAGGAAGAUCGGCACUUGACGAUCGACAGCGCAGGCACUGUCAGGAUCAAAGGUAAAGAAACCCACCUGAGUGCCGACCUGUCGUCCGACUUGCUGUUGCGGUACGCCUUGACACGGCGGGGGCUUGCCUGUGAUCAGGCUAAUCUCUUGGCCUUUUCGCACCAUGACGCGUGGACUGAGCGGCUGAUGAGAGCUCGUCUUGAACCGCCGCCCCCAAACUAUGCCCCAAUAUCGCAAGCGCAGGUCAUUGCCGCAGACAGGAAGCUCUGGGUCAAACUAGCUGAACUCACUCGCGCAGGAGUUCAGGUCACUGCUGCAGGACGCCCUCUUGACGCAGUUUGGGCGCAGGCGUGCGAUCAUCCGGAUGUGUUGCAUCUGUUGCAGCCCAUGCCUGUGGCGUGUGGAUCGACACCCCUCUUCCGGUUUGGCAAGGGUGAAGGCGCCGAAUCCAAAGGGUCGGGCAAGUUCAGGGGUGGUCCUUACGGGCGUGGAAAGGGUGCUGGUAAGUCCAAAGGCGGAGGUUUCGUUCCAAAAGCCUUGGAAGGAGGCGUCAGUUGCACCACUCAGGGCCAUGCGUUGUGUUUCGGCCACAACCUUGGCACUUGCAAAGAAAAGGUCGAGAGGCAGCCUGAGUUGUCGGGGCCUGGGGUGACGGCGCCGUCAGAUGGUGAGGUAUUUUCCGUGGACCCAUCGUUGGCAGAUCGCAAAGAAUUGUGCGUUGUGCCGCUGCCUUGUCCAGAAGAGACGAGUAGCGUUGAUGCGUUCCCGAAUUCCACCUCGUGUAGUGAGGUGUUACCUCGCGUUGAAACAUCUCUGUCGGAUCGGCCGCGCUUGGGUGGCAGGGGGCAAGUGUCGUGUCAAGUUCCGCGUAAGGGCUUGGUGCUUGAGUUGUGUGCCAGAAGCGCUACACUGUCAAGCUGUUUUGCAGAAGCUCGGUUUGAAGUGCUCCCUGUUGAUCACCAAACCAAUCGGUACCAUACUCUUGCAAAAACGUGCAAUCUGAGCCUCGCCGAGGAGUCGUCUUGGGAAUAUCUUCGAUGGGUGUGCGAGACUUUCCCAGUGCAGUUUGUUCAUGCAGCUCCCCCGCAUGGUACUUGCGCCAAGAAGCGAGUGAGCGUGAGGGGUUUGGAUCGUGCGCCUGUCCGUAGCGAAGCCUGGCCGUGGGGUUUCCCUGAUCUGUCUAGCGCUGACAGGGCUCGUGUUGAUUGCGCCAAUGCAAUCCUUAAGGGCUUGGUCAGUUUCAUUUCCUUCCUCGAUGCCAAGGGCAUCUUGUGGUCACUUGAGAACCCCAAAACCUCAAUGUUGUGGGAGUUGCCACCUUUGCGUAGCAUACUUGAGAGAUCGCAUUCUUUCUGCUUGCAGGCGUGUGCGUACGGUGGGCCGCGACCCGGCUGGCGCAUGUUUGUGACAAAUGUACCAGGCCUGCGUUCUUUAGCCGCCUCCUGCCCUGGGGGGCACGUGCAUCAGCACUUCUUGUGCGAGCGUGGUGGCAGUGAGGAUGCAAAUUAUCCACGUCCCUUGUGUGUGCAGAUCGUUCAACAAGUUUGUCUGGCUCUUGGUGUACCAGCUUUAGAUGAGCCCAGCGCAGCACCUGUACAUGCGUCGCAUGCAAUUACGGUAGCCGCUUGCAAACAGCCGCGGGGGCGUCAUAUACCCCCUGUCAUGUCAGAAUUUGCGGACAUCACUUCUUUGGACCUGGAUCGAGUCCCGCCUGUGAACACUAAGCGUCGCUUGUUGACUGCGUGUCGUCAUGUGCCAGCCGGCUCCAAGCUGCUGUCUUUUGUCAAAGUGGGGGAUGAGCAGGACAGCAGCUUUAGGUGCUUCUUUGGCUGCUAUCGCACCAAGGAAGUGUUUCUGCGUGAGGCCAUGCGUCUAGUUCAUCCAUUCGACAAGUUCCUGCCUUUGCCAGAUGAGGUCAAGAGGACCCUGUUCGCUACCUUGUGUCAUGGCCCCGCGUGGAUUGCAGCGCGCCGUGCAGAGACUUUAGGCAAAUGGACGUCGUGGGCGGCAGAUCUUUUGCCCAAGGAUUUGGAGCUGCGUUCGAGUCUUGAGCCUGGGGUUCGUAAAGUGCUCAAGUCAAAGCGUUUGCUGUUGCUUCAGAGGAUUGCCGAGGACAUUGAUUGGCCUGAUGCUGGGCUGUUUCAGCAGAUCCAGGAAGGCUUUGAGCUGGUAGGGAAUCAAGGGCCCUCGGGCGUCUUUGCAACGGAGUUGCGUCCCGCUCAGCUCACCGUGUCGCAGCUUGACGAUCUAGUAAAAAGCAUGAAGCCAGCCUUGUUAGGGAAAGUUCGCUCCGCAGAUCUUGACGAUGAUGCGCAGUUGCUGUGGGACAAGACUAUGCAAGAAGUGAGCGAAGGCUUGCUGGAGGGUCCCCUCACAGUGCAGCAAGUCGAAGAGAGAUAUGGUGGGGCAUGGAUCCCAGUUCGUCGCUUUGGCGUGUGGCAAUCGUCUUCAGGCAAGCAGAAGCUCCGACCAAUUGAUGAUUAUUCGGAAAACAAGGUUAAUCUAGCUUUUGGUUACGCUGAUAAGAUUGAUCUGAGAGCUUUAGAUCAGCUUGUUUGCUCGGUGCGUUUGUGGAUGCAGCAAGUCCUUGCUGAUGGCAAGGUGGCCAUUGAGUUGUCGGAUGGUUCGUGCCUGCGUGGGUCCAUCCAUCCGUGCUGGCGCUCAGAAGAGGGACGGUUGCUCGAGCUCGCCACGUUGGACUUGCGUGCAGCUUACAAGCAGUUUCCUCUGUCCCCGAAAAGCCGAGCUUUGUCCGUCUUAGUGUUGAAGAAUCCAGUGUCGAAGGAGGUCGCUUGCUUCGAGGCUAAAGCUCUGCCAUUCGGGGGCACAGCAAGCGUUGUGCACUUCAACAGAGCCGCAAGGCUGCUGUGGGCCAUAGGCCAACACCUGCAUGUGUGUUGGCUGAAUUUCUUUGACGAUUACCCAAUCCUGACGCCUAGGGUAUUGGCCGGUUCGACAAAGCAAACACUGAAAGCCCUCGUUGAUCUGCUUGGCUUUGAUUGCUCUUGGGAGAAGUGGCAGGACUUCUCUACUCGCGCCACAAUGCUUGGGGUGGAAGUUGACCUUAGUGAUGUUGCGUCGGUUGGCGUUAGGAUUCGCAAUAAGGAAGGCAGGGCCGGCCAAGUUGUCUCCACUGUUGAGGAGCUUCUGCGAAAAGAGAGCAUGCCUGCUCGUAAACUUCUGAGUGUGAUGGGACGAAUCCAGUUUGCAGAUGCCCAAGUUAUGGGGCGGACGGGAAGGCUCGCGCUUGCCGAGAUUCGUCGAUGGUCUAGAAACCAUGUUGACCGCGUUACCGUAGGGCGUGAGUUGAUGGAAGCCUUCGGAGUCCUUACCGACCGGCUCUCAAGUGGGACGCCUCGCGUUGUGCCUUGUGAACUGCCGAAGCAGCCAGUGUUGGUUUUCACUGACGGGGCUAGUGAGGAUGCGUUGCACACUGUAGGCGGGAUCCUAAUAAGGCCUGGGUGUGAUGCGCGGUUCUUUGCUUGCCAUGUGCCAUCUGAGCUUGUGAAGGCUUGGGAGGGCUCGCUGAAGCACCUGAUAGGGCCGGUUGAAACUUACGCCGCUCUUGUUGCGAGAGCCGUGUGGCACCAGUUCCUGUCGGGCCAAACAUACCUGCAUUUCAUUGAUAACGUAGGCAGCCAGGAUAGCUAUGUCAAGGGCACCUCGACGAGCGCUAUCAUUCGCUCCCUGUUAGUCUCCUAUGAGAGGAUUGAGUCGAACGGGGCUUCUUGGCCUUGGUUCGCCCGGGUACCGUCAGACUCGAACCCUUCUGACGAGCCGUCUAGAGGUGUCUUCGACGGUAUUGUCAAGGAGCUCGCGGCAAAGCGCGACGUAUAUGUGAACUGGGGGAGCACGGCACCUCGUUGUGAGAAGUGGAACGGCGCCGCCUUCGAGGCCGAGCUCGGCAAGAACCGAUGGGGCACUACGGGGCACGUGGUCGCGAGCUGCCCAGUCGGGACGCUGGAUUGCCCGCCACAUCGGCAAGAAGAACACCCAGAGCUGCUUCAAGCCCCAGGUCGACGAAGGCGGCAAGUGGGACGCCAAAGCCUGCGUGGUCAAGACCAACAUGCAGAUGUCGGGGCCUUGAGGACGUAUCCUUGCGACCAGGCCACAAACAUGGCCGAACCGAUGACAAAGGCCCAGUUUGUGCAUGAGUCGUUUCAAGUUUUCCGGUCACCUUGCUCAGGAUCAGUGCUCGGCCGCAACCAGGCUUACAAGCAGUUCGAUGGAGAGGAUGGCUGCCUCAAGCCUGGCCAAGUGGGCACCCUGGUGGAAGAUGACCGAACCAGUUGCCCCUUCCUGGUGGAGGGCCCCAACGGCUGCACCCACUGGUACAACGAUGGCGCUAUCAUUGUUGUGAACAAGGACGACAAGGAGCUUCUGACUCCUCUUGGGGACAUGUUCGAAGGGAUGGCUCUCCUCCGCUUCCCCGUGCGCGAGGGCACCUGGUAUGCUGAGCUGGAAGUGAGCAAGCUUGGCAAGCUGGGUCUCAGCCAUGCGUCGGAUGGGGCCUUCAGCAUCCUGGCUGAUCCAGGUCUCUGA